AUGUCUCAAUCACAGAAGACUACCGGCAACAAUGCCCAAGAGCAUGUCGACCCAGAACCGACGACCCAGGUCAUGAAGUCGCUCGUCCGAAAUGGCAGCGCAAUGCUAGUUGGGCCCAAUUGCUCAAUAUUCGCUGGAAAAGAGCUUGGAAUCUCUGACAUUGGCUGUUUUCUGUUGGCAAGAAACGCCAAAGACCAAUCCGCAUACCUCGGCUCCACCAUGCACUUUCCCUUUGGUGAACAGAACGAGAAGAAAGGAUUUGGAAUGUGCCACAUGUGGUCUGCUUCACAAGGAACGGCUCUGCCAGCCAAAACAUACACAAUCACCGUCAAAUUUCCUCACACAGGCGAGGUAUGUUUCAUUGAGCCCGCAGACGCUGGAACCAGAAGCCGUUUUCCAGAUGAGAAGCGAGAGCUGUCUCUACUCGAAGUCUUCCUGAACGACGAGGCCCAAGUCGUUGUUGAGGGUUAUGGCUUACCUUACGCCAAUGAGGGGCACGUUGCUGAAGAGUGGCUGCUCAGGGGUAAACCCAUUGUCGACAACGUCACGCUGAUGGGAAUCCUGACACAAAGGGAAUUCCGCUUUGUCGUUGCGUCGAGUCAUGACAAAUUGAGCCAGGAUUACGACUUUGGCCUGCUUCCUGAGCCCUUCAGCUACCCCUAUGGCACGAAUCACUCCUGGAAAAAAGCAGAGGUUUACGCUGCCACUUUUGCAGAGAACAAGGGCCACCAGUUCGCUCCUCGCACAUCGUUCGACAACAUCAACGAGAUGCUCACUGUUCUGUCACAAGCAGAAGUUCAAGAUGUCAUUUGGCUGGACGAAGAGGCCCGAAAGAUUCGUGCUACCAAGGUCCCUGGCUACUUCAUCCCAGUCGGCAAUCGUUCCGCCGAAGAGAGCGGGUUGUACUAUGUCAUUGUUGCUCUUCCGCAAGACUUCCGGGCUACUUUUGAGAGCGCGUGGCGUCGUCUCUCCAGGCACUGCAGAAUCCAAGUUUUGCUCGGGUCUCCAGCUGAGGGCAGUAAAAUUGAAUCUGGCCAUUGGGAUGCACUCAUCGUAGAUGGGUCAACGAGUAUUGAUGCUCUGAAGGCACACCUAACCCAGCCUCAUGAACUGGUCCUCAAGGUUCGACGGCCUCUACCUCAUGAGAAGAGUCGUGGCCCAGAAUUCCAGAUCAAGACGUUUGACACCAAGAGGGCGAUUGAGGAUGGCGUUUGUCUGUUCCAAAGCACCGCGGCGCCUUCCAACCCCAAGGCUUUUGGUUUGACAGACAAGCUGCGCGAGACAAAUCCAUCAGCAUGGAGAUCCAUUCGCGACGGCAUCGAGUUCCGUAUGCGUGUGCAUCGAGCGCUCAUGAUGGGAAUGGGACUCUACGAGACGCAUCGAGCCAGGCCUGCGUCCAGAGACAAAGACACUGAGCGUAGAUUUCGAGAUCACAGCCUUGGAGUUCCCCCCACGCCUAGGUCGCUACCAAAUGUUCGCCUCCUGGAUGUGGCGAAACGUGAAUUUGUCAAUGCCCUGAUGCAGGAAGUUCUACCAGAAGACCGCAGUCGAUUUGCCAAGUACCUCAGCAGUCGGCCGCUUGGCCUCAGCAUCAUAACAGCUCCGCCUGGGUUUGGCAAAACGACCGCCCUUGCUGUUGCGGCUCUCGCCAUGGCAGACACUCUGGGCAAGUUGUAUUUAUCGGCACCUACCGACGUUGCCGUGGACAAUGCCGCCGCACGUCUGGACAUCGUCGGGGCUCGAGUGACCAAGAGGCUCAACGACAAGCUGAGUGAAUCUGGGAGCCCGCCCAAGUAUCGGCGAAAGCUCGUCGUUCGCGCGUACAGUAUAGACGAUGAGCUCAGGGCGUUCAAGAACCUCAUUCGGAAUCCGCACCCUGGUGACAAUACCGCCCCUGAGUCGAUCUGGUCCAAAGAUUCUAAAUGGACCCUGAAUCUGUCUUUGGCAUAUUGGACAAUGGUGAUCCUCAGAGCACCGGUGGUCCGACAACUCGGUCCAGAUGACAAGUCAGCUUUGCAUGGCAUUCGCGACUGGUGUGACAAGAACUGGACACUGGAGAGCCUUCGCGCAGUUGCAACAGGUAACAUUGACUGGGCAGAAUAUUCCAAAGGCACCAUGGCCACCGAUGACGCAAUCAAGGGCAUCAUGAGGGCUGUCUUCAAUGAGGCCGACGUCAUUGCAACCUCGCCAGCACUUGCUUGUGUCCCCCCUUUCAGAGACUGGAGAGAAUCGAAAGUGCAGGGCAUUGUUUUUGAUGAGGCUGCUAAUUUGAAACGACCGGAUUUGUUGUGCGUCUGGGGAAACACUUGUCUCCCUUGUCUUUUAGUUGGCGAUGAAAAACAGCUGCCGCCGGCGGUCAUGACGCGACUUGAGCAAGACCAAGAGGGCAAUUUCUUGAAUAGAUUCGGUGCGGAUGGAGUGAUAUCGCCCAUUCAUCACUUCAAGGCGACGGGUUGGCCCAUCUACAGGCUUCACACUCAAUUUCGGAUGGCUGUCGGACAGUUUGACCUCACCCACAGUGAGGUCUAUUCGGAUAUCCCGCUUAGAUAUGGCCCAGGAUGCACAAUUACGCUCCCUCAGCAUGAGAUUGGUCGCAAGCUAGAGCAGUACCUGCAAGCCAGGUUCCCAGACCUCAAAGCCGCUCCCGUCGGCAACCUUCGCCCAGUCUUUGUCCAUUGCCAAGGCUCCAAGUGCUUCCGGGACCAAUUUUCCAGCUCUCUCAGGAGCCCUGACCAAGCAAAGGUGGCGUUAGAGCUGCUGGUCGACUUUGUGGAAAGCUCAAAAGUACGCGCAGAAGACAUCGUUGUCAUCUCUCCAUACAGAGCAAACGUCAACACCAUUAAACGGCUCCGACAGCGUCCCGAGUUUGCUGCCUUGCGGUCUAUGCGUCCAGCCUCGACUGUGAGCUCCUUCCAGGGUCAGGAAAGUGACAUUGUGGUGAUCGUUCUGGGGACAAACACGUUCACGGGGUCAGGCUUUACGGCCGACGAAGCACGACUAAACGUGAUGCUUAGCCGUCACAAGUCGGGCCUGAUUUUGGUUGGAGAUGUCGAUGUGACUGGCGUCACGAAAAAGAAGCAGCCGCCCAAGCGUAUAGUAGUCAUUGGUGAAAAUGGCGAGAAGCACUUCACCAAGGCAAAUAUGUUGAGAAAUGUACAUUUUGGGUUGCACGCUGCCGGUCGAGUUGUCUGGGUGCAAGUUCAGAGGGAAGCCGAGGGUUAA